AUCUAUAUAAUAUCCAUUGCAAAUGUAAACACAAUGUAAACAUACUACUUCUGAUUCUCCUGUUUGAGUGUUUCUGUCACAACUGUACAUAACCUUUAUUAUGCAUGAUCAAAUAUUUAGGUUCAAUAGGUUUGUGAGCAUUGCAAAAUUGUUUCAACGGAAUUUCUCACGAAUAUCAAAAUACAGAAGUCAGCAAAAAUUAUCUGUUAAUAUCAACGAAGACAAGAACGAUUGUUUGAAAGAAGAAAUAAGGCACUACGUUGAUAAAAAUAAUCCCCAUGAAUACAAUUUAUAUGCUGUUGUAGCUGACGCUGCUCCAUUGACAUUUCUUCGACGGAAGGUUAACAAUCAACUAGGGGAACCAUUUUCCUCCAAUAGCAGUGUAUGGCAUUUCCCAUAUUAUAACUUGAAUGAUGAAAUGGAACUUGGGGAUCAAUGUGAUGUCAAAGUUGAAAUAAAAGGCAUAGGGGAUUACUCGUCUAAUAUAUAUAGAAAAGGUUAUGAAACUCUUCAGCAAUAUGCCAAUGGUGAAAUUUUAGACCAAGAUGUCAUUCCAGCGUUUACAGCACUUGAAAGAUUUUAUAAAAAUAAAGAAAUUCAUGAAAGAAGCCUACAAAAACUGAAAGAUAUUAAGCUGUCAGAAACUGAAGUAAUUAUAGUGAUGACCAAUCACCUUCUUUCUCAACUCCUUUAUCAUCCAACAAACUAUUUAAUUGAUGUGAAUUCUUUGGAGAAACCAACUGGAGAAUGUCCUUGUGAAUGUGGCAGUCAAAUACACUAUGGAUUUACUAAUAUUGGAAGUCAUCAGCUUUUUUAUGGUCCAGCAGACAUCAUAAUGUUCCCAUCUGCAAAGAAUACAAUUUGGAAUGAUAAAGAGAAUUCAUCUCUAUUCAAAAUCAUAGAUGGACAGAGUGAAUGGAGGCAGGAGGAAGACAUUGAUAAUCAUAAGGAACUAUCUCAAGAUGAGUUUGACACUUUAGAGCUAAAUAUAGAAACAGCAUUUACUGAUAAUCAAGUUAACCAAAUAUGUAAACAGGCAAUAGCUGUAUCUUUGUGGAAACAUAAAAGACACUUAAACAUCACUGAUGUACAUAAUGUUUCUGCUAAUUCAAUGAUACCUGUUUGUUUACUAAAUAAUACCAGAUAUAUGAUGGCUUUGUAUAAUGCAGAGUAUGAUUAUCUUUUAAGAAUGGAAAACAAGGGCAUACCUAUUUUUCAAAAUGAAGAUUGUAAUGAACUUAAUUUUUCUGCAGUUAUUGACUUAUGGCUCAUGAUUCACCAUUCUUUAUUUUCCUCAUUGCCAUCUGAAGAAGAUAUACAAAAAUUUAAAGGAACUUGUCAUCUUGCCACAAAACUAGAAGACACAUUUACAGAAAUUGUGAAAAGCUCAAAAUUUGAUUAUGUUGUAGCUGUAGAUAAUACUUCGCGGAAGCCAACAGAUGUAUUUUGGAACCGUUCAAGUUGUCCUGUUCCAACUUGUACAACAGAAGUAUGGAAAGUAAAAAGGUUACAUCCUUUCCCAGAAAAUUGGAUGAAAAUACCAGAAAAGGUCAAAGAUCAAAUAAAGAAUGAAUUAAAAAUUACAGAUGAAAUGGAUGCAUGUUGUUCAGUGUGUUUAGAUGGAAUUGUAAGAAGGAUGAACCAGCAGACGACAGAAUGAUUAAAAGAGUUUGCUCUAAAGAGACAUAAGGUUAACAGUCAACAAGACAACCUUGGUCUUCCGUUUGUUCUUCAAGCAUGAUCAAUAAAAGAGCUUGUGUGCACCAUAACUUGGAGUCCUCCAGAACUGAGUCUUUAAGAACUACACGCAUGAAUUUGAAGUGGUAGAAUACCUGAGAGGAAACCUAUCCUUAAAAGAUUCAAUAUGGACAUAUUUAACCAUAUUCAAUAAAUCAACUGACUUGUCAACAGA